UGAUUCUGCCCAUAGCAACGCAUAUAAACACCUCUUGGAUAUGGAAAGGACUUAUAUGACGGCUUGGACAUCGGAGGGAUAUCAUCGGGGUUCGGGAGUCUCGGAUAUGUACAAGACAGUUUAGAAAGGUUAAUUUACAGCGAGCAAGCACUAGAUCCACCAUGUCGGAAGAAAACGUGAAAGUCGCCGUUCGUGUGAGGCCAUUUAAUAAACGUGAGCGUGAGCGCAAUGCCACGUGUAUUGUUGGGAUGAACGGUCCCACUACAAUCAUCACAGAUCCUAGCAACAACGAAGAAAAGAAAUUCAACUUCGACUACAGCUACUGGUCACAUGACGGUUCCAAGGAAGACGCUAAUGGCUAUUAUGGCCCGGAUGCCAGCCAUCCUCAUGGCAAGAUAUUUGCUGACCAGAAACGUGUGUUUGAAGACUUGGGUCUUGGUGUGUUGAAGAAUGCAUGGGAAGGUUAUAACUCUACAUUGUUUGCGUAUGGACAGACAGGCUCAGGAAAGAGUUGGUCCAUCGUUGGCUAUGGCAUCAACAAAGGUGUGGUGCCACUGUUCUGUGAGAAGAUGUUCCAGGGCAUUGAUGAGAAGAAGGCGGCAGGGGAGAAAACGGAAUAUGAGGUGAACUUCAGCAUGUUGGAGAUCUACAAUGAGCAAGUGCGAGACUUGCUAGAUUCCAGAUCCAAGAAAAGUGGAUUGCGUGUCCGACAGCAUCCCAAGAUGGGAUUUUAUGCUGAUGGUCUGAGGGUGGUGCCAGUCAACAGCUAUGCUGAGAUCGAACAGAGAAUGGAGGAUGGUACGACCAACAGGACCGUUGCAGCCACCAACAUGAACGCUACCAGCAGUCGGGCCCACACCAUCGUUGGCAUCACGCUGCUUCAGAAGUUUGUCAACGCCGCUGGGGAGGAGACCACCAAGUCUGCUGUCAUCAACCUGGUAGAUCUCGCAGGAAGUGAGAGGGCGGAGAGCACUGGUGCCACUGGCGACCGUCUCAAAGAGGGCGCCGCCAUCAACCAAUCUCUGUCAUGUCUGGGAAACUGUAUUGCUGCUCUGGCAGAGAAGAGCUCUGGAAAGAACACCAGAGUUCCGUACAGAGACUCUGUGUUGACAAAACUGCUGAAGAAUGCCUUGGGAGGAAACAGCAAAACCAUCAUGAUUGCUGCCGUGAGCCCAGCUGACAUCAACUAUGAUGAGUCUCUGUCCACACUUCGAUAUGCUGACCGAGCCAAGCAGAUCAAAACAACUGCAUCGGUCAAUGAAGACCCGACAGAGAAGCUGAUCCGGGAACUGCAGGAGGAGAAUGAGAAGCUAAAGGCUGCUCUGGCUGGCAAUCCAAAUGCCUUUGCCAAAGUUGGCGAUGAUGACGAUGAUGAUGAUGGUCUGACAGAAGAAGAGAGAAAGAAGGAGUAUGAGAGUAUAAUGGAAGAGAACGCUCGUCAAGUGGAGGAGAUGAAGAAGACUUUUGAGGAAAAACUAGCUUUGGCCAGAGAGCAAAGUGGGACGGGCCAGGGUAAUAUUGCUGAAAUUAUGGAGAAGAAGAAGACAAUUCCCCACCUCUCCAACCUGAACCCCGACCCCCAGCUAACUGGACACAUAGUGUCAUUCCUUGACAGUGCCAGGAAAACGGUCGGGAAGAAAGACUGCGACUUGGUCGUCAUGGGCCCAAGAAUUGGUGACCUGCAUGCAGUCAUCACUGAGGAAGGAGGAUCAUUCCAUAUAGAGCCAGCCAGUAUAGACUUCAAGACUGUCAGGAAUGGUAACAUCAUUGGCGGCAAGGUGGCUCUCAAACACAAUGACAGACUGAGGUUUGGCAGCACCAUGUACUUUGUGUACAUCAACCCCAAGGAGAGAGAUGCGUCCAAGGAGCAGUUCCCCGAGGUGACGUACGAGUCAGCCCAGGAGGAGGCAGCGUCUAAGUGGGGCUUCGACAUGGACUCUUCCAACAAAACUAGAGAUGAAGCCUUGUUGAAGGAAGACAUGAUAGAGCUGAUGCCAAGUGUGGAGGAAUGUAACUCCAUCAGUGAAGAGCUCGACAAAAAGAUGAAGUUUGAACUCAUGAUUGUCUCCCCUGAAGCAAGAGGUCAACUCAAAGGUCGUACAGAGGUGAUGAUCAAAGUGGUGAAUCUGGAGACGAAGCAUGAGUGGAUCUGGCCACGGGAGAAGUUCCUCAACAGGAAGUUCCUCAUGCAGGAGAUGUAUGAGAACUUCCAGGAUGGAGAAGAGAACUGGGAUGUUCCUCAGGAUCAAAAGGAAAGGGAUCCAUUCGAGGAUGACUAUGAGGCCGAGUUCCAUAUUGGCAGCGUCAAGCUUUGGCUGCAAUCACUGGGAUACUUGAUCGAUAUAGAGGAACAGCUGGAGGUCACCGACUUCAAGGGACAGGAAGUCGGACUACUAAAUGUGGUUGUGUCUCCGUGUGACAAGAAGGGCAAACCCUUGAAGGAGGACACGUAUGUGGACAACCCCUUGGAACUAAAGGGCAAAGAUCUCUCCUUCAAUCUUCAGAUCAACAGUGCCAGAGGUCUCCCAAACAAGUUCACUGAUGUGUAUGCUAAGUACACGGUGUACAUGGAUGAGGAGUACACCAACACCAGCAAGGUAUGCGGCACCGCCAACCCAGACUGGAAACACAAGAAACAGUUCAACUUCACAGCCGUUGAUGAAGCUUUCAUCAACUACCUGAACACCAGCGCCAUCAUGGUGCAGAUCUGGGGGAAACAGAAGCCCCCCAAGACCAAGAAGUCUGUGAAUACAGCCCAGGCUAUGAUGGCCCAGAGUCUGCGGAAGGGGCAGGUGGCAGCAGCCAAUACCAACACCAAGAGGUUUGAUCCUGAAAAGGUCAAGUACAUGAUGGAGGUCGCCAUGUUGAAGAAGAGACAAGAAAUGAUGGAACUUAAAAUGAAAUCUAUGAAGCGGAUGUUGGAGCUGGCGGAGGAACACAAGAAGAAGAAGCUGUCUACCAAACUGAUCAAGGACAUCUACCAUGCUCAGUCGUCUGACGCUGCUGAGAAGUGUCUGAAGCUGGUGCCCCAGGAGAAAGACGAUGAUGACAGUGACAGCGACAGCAGCGACAGCAGCGAUGAUGAAGAAAAGACAAAAUCCCCAAAGAAAAAGGAACCUGUGAAGCAACCCCCACAGAGUCCAAGAAAAGAUCGACCUGACAGUGUUGCAAAGAAAUCUUCAACCUGUGUUUUGUUGUAAAAAUACUUCUACCAGAUAUAUUUUGUACAUACCAGCCAAGUUAGAUGUGUACAAAGUCAUAUAUGUCAUGAAUAACCUGGAACCAUCUUAAGGUAAACUCAUGUAUAUAAUAUCUAUUUACUAGUGCAAAGUAUAUUGUUUUAGAUGAAAUAUUCGAUAACAAAUUCAUCGAUUUACAUUUUCAUUCCAGUCAAAAAUAACAAAACCAAAACAUGUUUCAGGGUUUUCAGUGUAAUAUAUUUAUGUUAAAUGUCACAUACAUGCUAUAGCUGAUGACUGUUUUCCUACUAUGUCUGUAAUUAUUACACUGUACAGGACCAUUGUAAACCAAAAGUCACUGUGUUCUUUAAUCUGAUUGGUUGAAAAACGUGAUCAAAUGGUAUUCGAUUCCCGGAAAUUCGCUGCGUAUUAAUACAUACAAACAUCG